ACGAAUAUAACUUUUAUGCAUUAAUCAUUUUAUAAGGUUAAUAAAAUAAAAUGCGUUGCACUAAGUCGUGUCAAUUAAACAAAUAGUUAAAAUUAUCAAAUAAACAAUUACAUACACGCAUCGAUAACAAUUUAUUUGCCCUACCAAAAGUCGAACGUUGUUUAGGUACGCUUGGCAGCGACAGCGGCAGCGCAUACAGCAGUAUAUUUGUGGGAUUCACGAUGGUUAAGUCGAAAGUACACAACGUGAAAGAAUUGUUGGUGCAUUCUCUCGGGGAAGAGAUUGAAGUGGUGGACCAGAAUACCUUCAUACUUACCGCACCUGGCGAACACUAUGGCAGCAUCAUGUUGGGUCUGGAUGUCACCGUAAAAAAAAACAAUGGAAAAGAAGAAGUGUUAAAUUUGGUGGCCAAAUUAAUUCCCCAAAGUGAAGUUCUAAAAAUUGCCUUCGAUAUAUUUGUUACAUUUAAAAAGGAAGUUUUUGCUUACACAAAAACAAUACCUACUUUAAUUGCGCUACAAAAGGAGAAAAAUGUACCAAAAAAUAAAAUUCUUGAUGUGUUCCCCAAGUGUUUUGGAGCAAGAGUUUGCUUGGAUGAAAACAAAAACCAAGUGGAUGAAGACGGUGUCUUAAUCUUUGAAAAUUUAAAACUUCAAGGAUAUAAAACUGAAGACCGCCUCAUAGGAUUUGACCUGGACUCGGCUAGAAUAGUAGUACAAGAUUUAGCCAAAUUCCAUGCAGUUCCACUAGGUUUAAAGUUAUUAAAACCGGAAGUAUUUAAGGAGAAAGUACUGCCAGCCCUUAUCCACAACAAUGGUCUGGAACAGUUACCACCCGAAGUUGGUAUGGCUUUCCACAAUAGCAUCAUGGAUGGUGCCCAUAAUAUUCCAGAGCUCGAACAUCUUUUGGAACGUCUUCAAUACAUUGUAGAUGAUGCCUUUAAAAACCCAUACGUAAAUAGACCACCCCCAAAUGAACCAUGGGGUACCAUGGCCCAUUCAGAUUUUUGGGUAAGCAACACCAUGUUAUUAAGAGGUAACGACGGCAAACCAUUAAAAAAUAAAAUCGUAGACUUGCAAAUAAUGAGGUACGCCUCUGCGGUUCGCGAUCUGGUAUUUUUUUUGUUUACAAGUGUAACCAACUCAGUUUUAAAUGAACACAUCGAUGAAUUCAUUAAAUUAUACUACGACACGUUCGUAGAUACCCUUAAUGAUUUAAAUAUAGACCUAACUCCAUUUUCUUGGAAUGCUUAUCUUGCUGAGUUGAACGAAGUGGCACCUACUGAAGUUUACCAUAUUUUGAUAAUGUUAAAGCCUAUCUGCACCGAAAAGGGUAAAGUUCAGAGCAGUUUGGAGGACUUUCAGGACUCUGAUUGGAGUCGUAAAGAUUUGCUGGGGCCUAACCACAGAAGAAAAUUAAGAGAUACGGUGUUGGCACUAGAUAAAAAAGGAUGGCUGUAAUUAUUUGUAAUUAAAUAUUAGGUAUUAUUAGUAAAACAUUAUAUUCUUUUUAGUUUUAUAUUAAAAGUACAAAUUUUAAAAUGUAAACCAAGGUUAUUAUUGAUAUUUGAGGCUGCAUAUUAGUAGAUUGUUAUUAAUAAAUAUUUGUUAUUGUGUA